UGAUCGUGUGACAAGUGUUUAUCAGCUUUCAAGUGGUGUUUCCACUCAGAGUCGCAACUUGCAAGCAUAACUCUUUUUACUGCUUGCAUACUAUGGGCUGGCAGAAAACAUUUACGCUUCCACAAAAAUCCAAAGGGUGUCAUCUUGUCACGGACGAGGUGUACACCCAGAUUGCACCAGGUAUUAAGGACGUGAAGGUUGGAAUGCUUUUCCUCUUCAUUCAACACACGUCAGCCGCGCUGACGAUUAAUGAAAAUUAUGAUCGAGACGUUCGCAAAGAUAUGGACAUGGCUCUGGACAAUAUCGUUCCCGAGAGUCUUAACUGGAUGCACACAGAUGAAGGCCCAGACGAUUCUGUCUCUCACACAAAGACAUCAUUGAUCGGCGCCACCAUCUCGAUCCCAGUUACCGAUGGCCGUCUGAACCUCGGCACCUGGCAAGGUAUCUACUUGACCGAAUUCAGACACGCAGCACAUUCUAGGCGUGUCGUUGCCACAGUGUUGUCUUAGAAUGUCAGCAAUGAACGUAUGGAGCAACUGUGAAUAUUCCACAGUGAUCAUGAAAGGCGUUUUACACUAUUAUGGAUGUUUAUGGUUACGUGCUACAAUGCUCUAUCCCUUUAGACUAACAUCGAUCGGCUCAAAUUGGAAACCCCUGUUCUAUCGUCUCGUCUACCCUGCCUAAAACAAACUAGAUCUACUAUGAUCUCCAUACUUGGAGAAAGUUGUGCGAG